AGCCAACACACACACACACACACACACACACACACACACACACACACACACACACACACACACACACACAAAGUGCAGUAGGGCACUGAGAAUAUUGAGACUUCAUUGUUACUGAAGAUGGCUUUACAGGAACUGACUAAGGUGGUGGUAGCUGUUCUCCAUAGACCUGGUGCUCCAUGGGCCCUAUGCUGAGAUGUCAGACCUAAACAGACCUGCACUUUGUUCAUCUCUUUGCUGGUAAGGCUUUUUCUUCUGGCAUUUGAAGACGUAACUUAAAUCUGUUUUUCUUUCUGUAGAAGAAAAGAAGAGCAAAAGAGGCAAAAAAUCAAGGCAUUUGGGGAGGAUAAAAAAAAUCACGGACAAAACUCCCCAAACUUCCCCAAAUUCAGUGCUCUUCUGCACAGAUUUGUGCGUCGUGGAAAGGUGGGGCCCAGCCUGACAUCAACAGCUACUAGGCUGAAGAACCUUCAGGAGGAAGCACACCUGUGAAAGAAGUGGUGUGUGGCCCACAGGGAGUCUUUGAGGAAAUAACCCCCACCACUUCAGCAGACACUCCCUGUGGGGAGACUAAAAUGGUGAGAAGCCCAGUUCUGAACUCCAAAGGCCUCCACCCUGUGGUCUUUCUUCAGGAUUUAUGGGAUCAGUUCCUGCUUUCUGCAAAGAACAAUACCAAAAAAGGAAUAGAAACAUGUGGAGUCUUAUGCGGGAUACUGGUAAAGGAAGAAUAUCAAAUUACACACAUCAUAAUUCCUAUGCAGAAUGGAGAGCCUGACUCUUGUUAUGCAGAGAACGAGGAGGAUCUCAUUUUUGUUCAAGAGGAGCUGGGGCUUCUCACCUUAGGUUGGAUUCAUACCCAUCCAACCCAGACAGCCUUCUUGUCGAGUGUGGAUUUACACACUCAUUAUUGUUACCAGAAGAUGUUGCCGGAAUCCAUUGCAGUGGUGUGUGCACCCAAAUAUAAACAAGUCGGAAUUUUUACACUAACAUCUUAUGGAUUAAAAGAAAUAUCAUUGUGCCCCCAAAGAGGAUUCCAUUCUCAUAAGCAGGACUCAGCUCUCUUCUGUGACUGCAGUCAUGUCACCAUCCGAAACAGCCGGGUGACUGUCACAGAUUUGCGAUGAGUUAAAUCCCAUACACCUACAUCAGUGGGAGCGUGUGUGUGUGUGUGUGUGUGUGUGUGUGUGUGUGUGUGUGUGUGUAUUUUGUGUAUAUGUGAGUGAAUGUAGGAUGGUGUAUGUGUAUAUGUAUAUGUGUUCUACCUAUGUUGUGUAUGUUACAUCUGUUUCAUGUAUGUUACAUCUUUGUCAUGUGUGUUCACCAGUGUGUAUGAAUGGCACACUGUACUCAUUCACAGAGCCCAGAGGAAGACACUGAUGUGUGCUCUAUUAA